AUGACUAAAGGUAACGGAGAAGAUCCAAAACCUGGAAGUAGGAUGGAACGAAUUCAACAAGGAGUCCGGAAACGUACACUUUUGGCAAAAAAAAAAGUGCAGAGCAUAACAAAGGACGAUGUUAAAAGUUAUUUAAUGAGGAAUGCCUUUGUGCUCUUCACCGUUGUUGCUGUGAUUCUUGGUGUAAUCCUGGGGUUUUCUCUUCGAUCAUACAAGAUGAGCUACCGGGAAGUGAAGUACUUUUCGUUUCCAGGAGAACUACUCAUGAGAAUGCUGCAGAUGUUGGUCCUGCCACUAAUUGUAUCCAGUUUAGUCACAGGAAUUGCUGCCCUGGAUAGUAAAGCCUCAGGGAAGAUGGGAGUCCGAGCAGUAGUCUACUACAUGAGCACUACAAUCAUUGCUGUACUGAUUGGCAUCAUCAUUGUGGUCAUCAUCCACCCCGGGAAAGGUACGAAGGAAAACAUGCACAGAGAAGGCAAAAUUGUGCAAGUGACAGCAGCAGAUGCCUUUCUUGAUUUAAUCAGGAAUAUGUUCCCUCCAAAUCUGGUGGAAGCUUGCUUUAAACAGUUCAAAACCAACUAUGAAAAGAGAAAGUUUAAAGUAGCUAUUCCAUCCAAUGACACAUCCACAGUGACUUCCAUAAUAAGCAAUGUUUCAGAAGCAAUGGAAGCUCUGACCCGAAUGAGAGAGGAAAUAGUUCCUGUUCCAGGUUCUGUGAAUGGAGUGAAUGCCCUUGGCUUGGUGGUGUUCUCAAUAAGCUUUGGCCUGGUGAUUGGGAGCAUGAGGGAGCAAGGUCAGGCAUUGAAAGACUUCUUUGAUAGCCUCAAUGAGGCUAUCAUGAGAUUGGUAGCUCUAAUCAUGUGGUAUGCUCCACUUGGAAUUCUCUUCUUGAUUGCCGGGAAAAUUGUUGAGAUGGAAGACAUGGGUGUGAUCGGUGGUCAGCUUGCCAUGUACACUGUCACAGUUAUCAUUGGUUUGCUAAUUCAUGCUGUCAUUGUCCUACCUCUUCUCUACUUCGUGAUCACUCGAAAGAAUCCAUGGGUAUUUAUUGGAGGCUUAAUCCAGGCAUUAGUCACAGCUUUGGGAACAUCUUCCAGCUCUGCAACACUACCUGUUACAUUUAAGUGUCUAGAAGAAAUAAAUGGAGUGGACAAACGAGUGACAAGAUUUGUACUCCCAGUUGGUGCUACAAUUAAUAUGGAUGGAACUGCUUUAUAUGAGGCUUUGGCUGCAAUUUUCAUUGCUCAGGUCAACAACUUUGAUCUGAAUUUUGGACAGAUUAUCACAAUCAGCAUCACCGCUACAGCUGCCAGUAUUGGGGCUGCAGGCAUUCCUCAAGCUGGACUGGUCACCAUGGUCAUUGUGCUCACAUCAGUAGGUCUCCCUACAGAUGAUAUCACUCUUAUCAUUGCAGUGGACUGGUUCUUGGAUCGUCUCCGUACCACUACCAACGUCUUGGGAGACUCCAUUGGAGCAGGAAUUGUUGAACAUUUAUCACGGCAUGAGCUGAAGAACAGGGAUGCUGAGAUGGGUAAUUCUGUGAUAGAGGAGAAUGAAAUGAAGAAGCCUUACCAGCUGAUCUCGCAAGAAAAUGAGAAUGAGAAACCAAUAGAUAGUGAAACCAAGAUGUAGGCUAGAGAAAGCGUGAGUUCAUCACUACAAGUGUGGGAAAACACACACUUUUUCCGGCGAUUUAUAUCUUGAAUUCACCAACUUCAUCUAUUCCUUGAUUUCUCCCUUUAUUCUCGCACUGGAAAGAAUUAAUGAAAAUACAUUCCAAACUAGCAGCGAUCAUGGUAUAUGUUGGCUUCCCACUUAAAAAAAAAUUAACAGGCAACAACAUUGGUCCUGCUAGACAUAUGCUAACUGGGGAUAAAAAAAGAGAUUGUGUAUAUGUUACUCAGUCCUGUGAAUCUUUCUUUUUCUUUUUUUUUUUAUGAACUGGAAAGUAAAAACAGAUAACAGAGCCUGAAAAUGGUUUUAUUUUUUUAAAUACCUGUUGCAAAAUCUCUAACAUCUAUAAACACACAAUCAACAUUUCUAACUUGAUAACUGCAUCCAGCUAAGUAAAUUAACAGGACUUUUGCUAUUUUAUCUGAGGUUUUUUUCUCUAGUGUUAUAUUAUUGUUCAAAUACUAGCAGGACAAUAAAAAGCAGGAGAUUAAUUGAGGGGAUAAAAAAGGGGGAAGAUAUAUAAAUAAAGACAAGAAAAUACCCCCAAAUCAGCACUUUUACCAGCUGAGAUGAAAUAUUUCUGAGAAAGUUAUUUUACCUAGACAGUUUUUUGAAUUAGAUUCAGCUGAUCUUUAUAAGAAUUUAGCCUAGUUGGCUCCCACUGACUUGCAAACAUUUACAUAUGCAUGUAUGUCCUCCCAAUCUGGACUUACUCCCUUAAUUUCAACAUCACAACCCAGUUAAACAAUCUGUGUGUGUGUUUGUAGGAGCAAGGCCCUGGUCUGGGACAGAAAACAUCUUCAUCUCUGUUUG